AGGCCUGGUGGGGUCAAGGAGCCCUGUAAGUCACUUCUGGGCGACUAAUGUUUUUAUUUCCGGUCCAUGGGACCAGGCUGGGAUUUGCUGCUCCCCGCGGCCUCCGGUGACACCACAACCGCCAUCAUGUCAGACACGGACAGCGAUGAAGAUUCUGCUGGAGGCGGCCCAUUUUCUUUAACCGGUUUCCUUUUCGGCAACAUCAAUGGAGCCGGACAGCUGGAGGGGGAAAGCGUCUUGGAUGAUGAGUGUAAGAAGCACUUGGCAGGCUUGGGGGCUUUGGGUCUGGGCAGCCUGAUCACUGAACUCACCGCAAAUGAAGAAUUGACUGGGACUGAUGGUGCCCUGGUAAAUGAUGAAGGAUGGAUCAGGAGUACAGAAGAUGCUGUCGACUAUUCAGACAUCAAUGAGGUAGCAGAAGAUGAAAGCCGAAGAUAUCAGCAGACAAUGGGGAGCUUGCAGCCGCUUUGCCAUUCAGAUUAUGAUGAAGAUGACUAUGAUGCUGACUGUGAGGACAUUGACUGCAAGUUGAUGCCACCUCCACCUCCACCUCCAGGACCAACGAAGAAGGAUAAGGACGAGGAUGCUCUUACCGGUGUGUCUGAGGAUGGAGAAGGCAUCAUCUUGCCCUCCAUCAUUGCCCCUUCCUCUUUGGCCUCAGAGAAAGUGGACUUCAGUAGUUCCUCUGACUCAGAAUCUGAGAUGGGACCUCAAGAAGCAACACAGGCAGAAUCUGAAGAUGGGAAGCUGACCCUACCUUUGGCUGGGAUUAUGCAGCACGAUGCCACCAAGCUGUUGCCGAGUGUCACAGAAUUGUUCCCGGAAUUUCGGCCUGGGAAGGUAUUACGCUUCCUACGGCUUUUUGGACCAGGGAAAAACGUCCCAUCUGUUUGGCGGAGUGCUCGGAGAAAGAGGAAAAAGAAGCACCGUGAGCUGAUCCAGGAAGAGCAGAUCCAGGAGGUGGAGUGCUCGGUAGAGUCAGAAGUCAGCCAGAAGUCUUUAUGGAACUAUGACUACGCUCCACCGCCACCUCCAGAGCAAUGUCUCUCUGAUGAUGAAAUUACGAUGAUGGCUCCUGUUGAGUCCAAGUUUUCCCAGUCAACUGGAGAUACGGAUAAAGUGGCCGAUACCAAACCGAGAGUAGCCGAGUGGCGUUACGGGCCUGCUCGGCUGUGGUAUGAUAUGCUGGGUGUCCCUGAAGAUGGCAGUGGGUUUGAUUAUGGCUUCAAACUGAGAAAAAUGGACCUCGAACCCGUGAUGAAGUGUAGAAUGUUGGAGGAUUUCAGGAAACUUGAGGAAAGUAGCACUGACCUUCUGGCUGAUGAAAACUUCCUGAUGGUGACACAGCUGCAUUGGGAGGAUGAUAUCAUCUGGGACGGAGAGGAUGUCAAACACAAAGGAACAAAACCUCAGCGUGCAAGCCUGGCAGGCUGGCUUCCUUCCAGCAUGACUAGGAAUGCCAUGGCCUACAACGUUCAGCAAGGUUUUGCAGCCACCCUGGAUGAUGACAAGCCUUGGUACUCUAUCUUUCCCAUUGACAAUGAGGAGCUGGUAUAUGGACGCUGGGAGGACAAUAUCAUUUGGGAUGCUCAGGCCAUGCCCCGGCUGUUGGAGCCUCCUGUUUUGACACUUGAUCCCAAUGAUGAGAACCUCAUUUUGGAAAUUCCUGAUGAAAAGGAAGAGGCCACCUCCAACUCCCCCUCUAAGGAAAGUAAGAAGGAAUCGUCUCUGAAGAAGAGUCGAAUUCUGUUAGGGAAAACAGGGGUCAUCAAGGAAGAACCACAGCAGAACAUGUCUCAGCCAGAAGUGAAAGAUCCAUGGAAUCUUUCCAAUGAUGAAUAUUACUACCCCAAGCAGCAGGGUCUUCGAGGCACCUUUGGAGGAAAUAUUAUUCAGCACUCGAUUCCUGCUGUGGAAUUACGACAGCCCUUCUUUCCUACCCACAUGGGGCCCAUCAAACUUCGGCAGUUCCAUCGCCCACCUCUCAAGAAAUACUCUUUUGGGGCACUCUCUCAGCCAGGUCCCCACUCAGUCCAGCCCUUGCUAAAACACAUCAAAAAGAAGGCUAAGAUGAGAGAACAAGAGAGACAAGCCUCUGGUGGUGGAGAGAUGUUUUUUAUGCGCACACCUCAGGACCUCACAGGCAAAGAUGGAGAUCUUAUUCUUGCAGAAUACAGUGAGGAAAAUGGACCAUUAAUGAUGCAGGUUGGCAUGGCAACCAAGAUAAAAAACUACUAUAAGCGGAAACCUGGAAAAGAUCCUGGAGCCCCAGAUUGUAAAUAUGGAGAAACUGUUUACUGCCAUACAUCUCCCUUCCUGGGCUCUCUCCAUCCUGGCCAGUUACUGCAGGCAUUUGAGAACAAUCUUUUUCGUGCCCCAAUUUACCUUCAUAAGAUGCCAGAAACUGACUUCCUUAUCAUUCGGACAAGACAAGGUUACUAUAUUCGGGAAUUAGUGGAUAUUUUUGUGGUCGGCCAGCAGUGCCCCCUGUUUGAAGUUCCUGGGCCCAACUCCAAAAGGGCUAAUACACAUAUUCGAGACUUUCUCCAGGUCUUUAUUUACCGCCUAUUCUGGAAGAGUAAAGAUCGGCCACGGCGGAUCCGAAUGGAAGAUAUAAAGAAAGCCUUCCCUUCUCACUCAGAAAGUAGCAUCCGGAAGAGGCUGAAGCUCUGCGCUGACUUCAAACGCACAGGGAUGGACUCAAACUGGUGGGUGUUGAAGUCUGAUUUUCGGUUACCGACUGAAGAGGAGAUCAGAGCUAUGGUGUCCCCAGAGCAGUGCUGUGCCUACUAUAGCAUGAUAGCCGCAGAGCAGCGACUGAAGGAUGCUGGCUAUGGUGAGAAGUCCUUUUUUGCUCCAGAAGAAGAAAAUGAGGAAGAUUUCCAGAUGAAGAUUGAUGAUGAGGUUCGUACUGCUCCUUGGAACACCACAAGGGCUUUCAUUGCUGCUAUGAAGGGCAAGUGUCUCUUGGAGGUGACUGGGGUGGCAGAUCCUACAGGGUGUGGCGAAGGAUUCUCCUAUGUCAAGAUUCCAAACAAACCGACACAGCAGAAGGAUGAUAAAGAGCCUCAGCCAGUAAAGAAGACAGUGACAGGAACAGAUGCAGAUCUCCGUCGCCUUUCACUGAAAAAUGCCAAGCAGCUCCUCCGUAAAUUUGGUGUGCCUGAAGAAGAGAUUAAAAAGCUGUCCCGCUGGGAAGUGAUUGACGUAGUCCGCACGAUGUCCACAGAGCAGGCCCGCUCUGGAGAGGGGCCCAUGAGUAAAUUUGCCCGUGGGUCAAGGUUUUCUGUGGCUGAGCAUCAGGAGCGUUACAAAGAGGAAUGUCAGCGCAUCUUUGACCUUCAGAACAAAGUUUUGUCAUCAACCGAAGUAUUAUCAACUGACACAGACAGCAGCUCAGCUGAAGACAGUGACUUUGAAGAAAUGGGAAAGAACAUUGAGAACAUGUUGCAGAAUAAGAAAACCAGCUCUCAGCUGUCACGUGAACGGGAGGAGCAGGAGCGGAAGGAAUUACAGCGGAUGCUACUGGCAGCAGGUUCAGCAGCAUCAGGAAACAAUCACAGAGAUGAUGACACAGCUUCUGUGACUAGCCUUAACUCUUCUGCCACCGGCCGUUGUCUAAAGAUUUAUCGCACAUUUCGAGAUGAAGAGGGGAAGGAGUACGUUCGCUGUGAGACAGUCCGAAAGCCAGCUGUCAUUGAUGCCUACGUGCGCAUACGAACCACAAAAGAUGAGGAAUUCAUUCGAAAGUUUGCCCUUUUUGAUGAACAGCAUCGAGAAGAGAUGAGAAAGGAACGGCGGAGGAUUCAGGAGCAACUUAGGCGGCUGAAGCGGAACCAGGAAAAGGAGAAGCUUAAGGGUCCUCCUGAGAAGAAGCCCAAAAAAAUGAAGGAGCGCCCUGACCUAAAACUGAAAUGUGGGGCUUGUGGUGCCAUUGGGCACAUGAGGACAAACAAAUUCUGCCCCCUCUACUAUCAGACAAAUGCUCCACCUUCCAACCCUGUUGCCAUGACAGAGGAGCAGGAGGAGGAGUUGGAAAAGACAGUCAUUCAUAAUGAUAAUGAAGAACUUAUCAAGGUUGAAGGGACCAAGAUUGUCCUGGGGAAACAGCUAAUAGAGAGUGCGGAUGAGGUUCGCAGAAAAUCUCUGGUUCUGAAGUUCCCUAAACAGCAGCUUCCUCCCAAGAAGAAACGGCGAGUUGGAACCACUGUUCACUGUGACUACUUAAACAGACCUCAUAAGUCCAUCCACCGGCGCCGGACAGACCCAAUGGUGACAUUGUCCUCCAUUUUGGAGUCUAUCAUCAAUGACAUGAGAGAUCUUCCAAAUACCUACCCUUUCCAUACUCCAGUCAAUGCAAAGGUUGUAAAGGACUACUACAAAAUCAUCACUCGACCAAUGGACUUACAAACCCUUCGUGAAAAUGUGCGCAAACGCCUCUACCCCUCUCGGGAAGAGUUCAGAGAGCAUUUGGAGCUAAUCGUGAAAAAUAGUGCAACCUAUAAUGGUCCAAAGCACUCACUGACCCAGAUCUCUCAAUCCAUGCUGGAUCUGUGUGAUGAAAAACUCAAAGAGAAAGAAGAUAAAUUGGCUCGUUUAGAGAAAGCUAUUAACCCGUUGCUGGAUGAUGAUGACCAAGUAGCAUUUUCUUUCAUCCUGGACAACAUUGUCACCCAGAAAAUGAUGGCAGUUCCAGAUUCUUGGCCAUUUCAUCACCCAGUUAAUAAGAAGUUUGUUCCAGAUUAUUACAAAGUGAUCGUCAGUCCAAUGGAUUUAGAGACUAUACGUAAGAAUAUCUCCAAGCACAAGUACCAGAGUCGGGAGAGCUUUCUAGAUGAUGUCAACCUUAUUUUGGCCAACAGUGUUAAGUAUAAUGGGCCUGAAAGUCAGUAUACUAAGACUGCUCAGGAGAUUGUAAAUGUCUGUUACCAGACACUGACUGAGUAUGAUGAGCAUUUGACUCAACUUGAGAAGGAUAUUUGUACAGCUAAGGAAGCAGCUUUGGAGGAAGCAGAAUUAGAAAGCUUGGACCCAAUGACUCCAGGGCCUUACACACCUCAGAAGCUAAGUUGUACAUUUGUGCCACAGCCUCCUGAUUUGUAUGACACCAACACGUCCCUCAGUAUGUCUCGAGAUGCCUCUGUAUUUCAAGAUGAGAGCAGUAUGUCUGUCCUGGAUAUUCCCGCUGCCUCUCCAGAGAAGCAGGUGACGCAGAUGCACCAGGGCCGAGGUAGGCUGGGCGAGGAAGACUCUGAUGUAGAUAUUGAAGGGUAUGAUGAUGAGGAGGAGGAUGGGAAACCUAAGACUCCAGCCCCAGAAGGCGAAGAUGCAGAUGGCGAUCUUGCCGAUGAAGAGGAAGGAGCCGUGCAGCAGCCUCAAGCCAGUGUCCUAUACGAAGACUUGCUUAUGUCUGAAGGAGAAGAUGAUGAGGAAGAUGCUGGGAGUGACGAAGAAGGAGACAAUCCUUUCUCUGCUAUCCAGCUGAGUGAAAGUGGAAGCGACUCCGAUGUGGGAUCCAGUGGGAUAAGACCCAAACAGCCCCGUAUGCUUCAGGAGAACACAAGGAUGGGCAUGGAAAAUGAAGAAAGCAUGAUGUCCUAUGAGGGAGACGGUGGGGAGGCUUCUCAUGGUUUGGAGGACAGCAACAUCAGUUAUGGGAGCUAUGAGGAGCCUGAUCCCAAGUCGAACACCCAAGACACAAGCUUCAGCAGCAUCGGUGGGUAUGAGGUAUCAGAGGAGGAAGAAGAUGAGGAGGAAGAGCAGCGCUCUGGCCCCAGCGUACUAAGCCAGGUCCACCUGUCAGAGGACGAGGAGGACAGUGAGGAUUUCCACUCCAUUGCUGGGGACAGUGACUUGGACUCUGAUGAAUGAGGCUUCCUUUGGGCCUCCCUUUAGCCUUCCCUGUUCUCCAGCCUAGGUGGCUCACAUUCCCUAAUGUUCAUACCUGUAUAGAGUCUGAUCCUGAAAUCACGAGAUUGACUAACGCCUUAGCCCUUAAGAAAUAGUAUAUAAAUGGUAAUAAAUUACCUCCUCUGAUCUUCCUAGGGCAGUGUCACACUUUGAUUGAAAACCAAGCAACCCCUUUUCCCAUACCACUAACAAAAGGAGAACAGUCUCUUCUUUCUCGAGUGCCCUCCUUUAGCUCCACUUACAGCUCUUGGUAUCACUUUUUUCCCCAGGAAGGAGAAGAAAUGAUGAAAGGACUAACAAAUUUCACUUGUGGUCUUCUUGGUAUAUUAGACAUUUUCCAAGCAUGUUAUCAUCUCAGUUUUCUAAUUUGCAGGCUGGAACAGGUGACAGCCCCCUUGCUGGGACAGAGAAUUGGGUUCUGCUCGACUCUGUGCCCCAGUAACCACAUAAACCUAUUGGACAAACUGCCCAUUACUUUAUUUAUUUGAUUAUACAAUGCCUUGUCCCUAAAUGGAUUUGGGGCAAAUGGCUAUCAGUCUUUCAAGCAGCCUGUAUGUCAGAAAUGGUAUAUUGUCAUGUGAAUGUGUUCUGUGCCCGUCAUCCCCAAGGGACAAGGUAGGAAAAUGGUAAGGUCCUUAGUGCAAACACUGUGUGUCGUCUUUUGGUUUUUUUUAUGCCUAGGAUAUGGUUCUGUGCAUUGUAGGUGCUCAGGAAAUGUUCCUACAAUCAUAACAUCCUUGAAAGACUUGUUUUUUGACCAUCUUCUCUGUGGUAAGCACUCAAUCAGAUCCUUGGGGUGCAAAAGUAAAUAAGACACACCGCUUUUAACUAUAGAGCUCGCCCUCGAUUUGGGAGAGGGGAGUAGAAUUAAAAACUUUGUUUCUUAAAUCAUUACCACGGUGCCGUGAGCUAAGCGCAUUGAAGACACUAAAUGUAAAAUAGAGGGGAAAACAGAGGAGUGACUGUGUCUGAAAAAGUCAGGGAGGUCUUCCUAGAGGUAAUUUAUAGGCUGACUGUUGAAGAACGAGUAGGAGCUGCCAGAUGGAAAAGUCCAGGCGGAGUGUAACCUGCUGUCUCUACUAGAGAUAGCAGGGUGUGUUCCCAAUCUGUGCAUGUGUGUGCCUGCCUGUCUUGUUCCAGAAAGGGGUGGAGGUGGUUUGUGCUCCAGUCCCUUAAUGCUUGAGUGCCUGGAGACAAGACGGAAAAGACUGGCAGGAAACAUACCCUCGAUGCUAAUGGGUGCGAACUGUAAUUAUUAUAGGAAAUGAGGAGUGCAUCAAAUUUUUGUGUUAGAAAUUUUCUAUACGUGGAAUGAAAAACAUUGAAGAAUCCUAUGUAACAGACAAGUUUGACCCCGCUUUUGUAAAGACAAAACCACGUGUGUAUAUUUAUAUGUGUGUAUAUACUUGUAUAUACAGAGGAAAAGGUCUGAAGGGAUAUAUGCUGAACUGUUCACAGUGAUAACCUCUGGGAAAUGGGAUCGGAGGGGAGGGAGCUAUGCGGUUGUGUGUAUAUUGGGAAUGUAUUGUGCUUUUAUUUCUAUAUCAUUUGAAACUUUUUAUAAUUAUGUACUAUUUUUGUAAUAAAAAGAAUCUUUUUAAAAUA